AGUUCCUCUUGGGGGUUUUCUAGUGACACACACAUAUACAUGUAUAUAAAGCCACAGCAUGCUGAGUUCAAACUGAGACAAGCUGAACACAGUCGGCACAGCCCCCUCACUUCUCAGAUCUGCGUUCAUCUUUUGGAUCAAGUCCACUUCACAAGAUGAGUGCACUGCUCCUCGUCGUCCUGUAUUCUGCCCUGUGCUGUGCCUACUCUCACGGACAGCAAGAAAACAUAGAGAUUCUAAUGGAUAAUGUUCUUGUCCUGAGGGUGCCUCAUGGUCGGGGCGGCAGGGAAUACGUUUCUCUGACAUGUGGGGAGGCUUAUCAAAAUCAGCCUGUGUUUUGGAAGAAAAAUGGCGUAGGGCUUAACCCAGCUCUGCAGGGCAACCAGGUCAGGGUUCUGGUGGAGGAGAUGAAUGGAGGAAAUUACACUUGUCACCUCGGUGCUGACGGAGAAUACCUCAACCACACGUUGAUCCUGGUCCAGCUGGACCCAGACAACAGGACUGUCAUACUGGAACAAAAAUCCCCCAAGGAAGGUCACAUCCACUGUUCAGCACCUAACUAUAAAGGUGCCUUCCACUGCACCUGGAAAAGGACAGAGUCCAGACCCAACGCCGCCGUGCUCCUGGUGAAGGCACAACGUCAUUUGGAAAACCUCUCAUGUGAGCUGGAUGCUGACGGGUCAGGGGUUCGCUGUGACGAUGGCAGCUGCCCAUACAAAGAGGAACAACACCCCAUCUCCCUCAUCGUGUACGUACACAGCUUCUCCCGCCUGGAGGCCUACGAAAAGGUCUUCUUCAUGAGAGAUAUUGUGAGACCAGAAAAAGUCUCGGACCUGCGCAGCAGUGAAGGGAAUGUGUUCAGCUGGAGCUACCCUGACUCUUGGGAGAUCCCCUGCUCCUACUUUGGCCUGCAGUUCCAGGUCAAGGUGGUCAAUAAUGGGCAGUCCUGCGACUCUGAAGAGCACAUAAAGCAAAGCAUCACCGAUGUCACUAAAUAUGAAGUCAGUGUCAAAACCAAGAGGUACGUCUUCUGUGUGCGAGCACAGGACAAGCACACAAACGGGCCGUGGAGCCACUGGAGCCAUUGCAUAGUGAACAAACAACAUGUGAAAUGCUAGUUCCCCCCCCACUGGACUGCAGCCAUGACAAAGGAAGCAACUGAGGAUGGAAGAAAAACACUUUACUUAGUUCUUUUUCUUUAUAUUUAAAAAAAAAAUGUGAGCGCAAACAACAAAAACAGGUUCUGUACUUUUGGAUUGAUGUAUACUGUACCUGUAUAGUAUUUAUUUAUAAUUUAUUCUCACUGUGGAACUACUAUUACAUUCAAACAAUUAUUUGUAAUAGAAUUCAUUUAUGCCUUUAUUUUUAACAUUUCAUAAUAAAUUGAUGAACAUCA